CACCAUCCUGCGGGCGGGACUGGGCGUGGCCGGAGGAGGGUGUCCGGGAGGCCGCGAGCCUUUAAUUUCGGGGAGGCAGGUCCAGGCGGGGCCCGCGCACCUCCCCACCUCUCUCUGCCGGAGAAGUGGCAGAGGGGCGGAGGCGGGCCCGGCUUGGCGCUGCGGGGUGGGGUCGGCUGUUCCUGCCGGGUGAGUGGUCCUCUUCUCUCUCCCCAGACCCUGUAUGGGAGCCGGGCUGGUGACGGAGGAAUGGCCCCAAGGCCUCCGACGACCAGGCCCCAGGAAUCAGUGACAUUCAAGGAUGUGGCUGUGAACUUCACCCAGGAAGAAUGGCACCACGUGGAUCCUGCUCAGAGGCGCUUGUACAAGGAUGUGAUGCUGGAGAACUAUAGCCACUUGGUUUCUCUUGGAUAUCAAGUUUCCAAGCCAGAGGUGAUCUUCAAAUUGGAGCAAGGAGAAGAGCCAUGGAUAGCAGAGGGAGAAAUCCAAAGACCUUUCUAUCCAGAACUUGGCUAAGAUUAAAGAGUGACGCAUCAAGGAAGAGGGAUUACCUGCUAAACUCAUCACAGCCAGGUGAGUUAAUAGCUAUCAUUUGUUGAAUGCUUACUACUUGUAAGACGUUGUGCUAAGUACUUCAUAGCCAUCAUUUCAUUUGAUCCUUAGAGUUCCCCAUUCUAGGUCUUGUGGUAUCUCUGCCCAGCUUUCCCUCCCUUUUCCUCUAGUAACAGUCCCUGCUUCACUCACCACAAAAACUCAAGUCAAGACAUCUUGGGGCUCAGUAAUAGAUCCAGGGACAAACAAGUGACCUAGUUGAGCCAUUCGGGGUCUUUUGACAGGAUUUUUUCAAAAUAGAGUUAGCAAGGAUACUUUGGGUUGCUAGACUCGAAAGGUGAAGGCCUAGAGUUGCCUGGAGCUGGAUUCCUUACCAGAGAGGGGAGUUCUGUUGUAGUAAGAGAGGAUGCAACCGACAUGAUGUUCUCAUUUCUAAUUCCUGACAUCCUUGGACUUGGCUUAAUUUGUGACGCUCUUCUUGGGAUUUUAUAGGCUCCCCACUAUCCGAUGAUUCUCCCUUUUUGAUUAAGCUAAUUUGUUACAUUUCUGUUGCUUGCAUUAAAUAAACCAAAUGCGAGUAUUAUAUCUUUGUUUAUAAUGUGGGGAAAAGCCCAAGGAGACAAAGUACUGCCCAUGGCAGAUUCAGACUUGGAGCCCAGAAGUGCUUGGCUGCAAGGGCAUUGCUCUUAACCUCAUGUCUCCAGAGCCAUGUUAUGUUCAAGGAGCUGCACGUAACAGUCGUUUGGGGGUGAGUGGAUGAAGGGAUAUGGUGCUAGAUUAGGUCAGAGACCAAGUGGAGAUAAAAUGAUAAAGGGCCUUGAAAUGUUUUCUUGACUAUUUCAGGAAAUUAAAUCCCCUAAAUUCACUCAACCCUCACACCUUAAUAUAUCAGAUAUUUACAAUUGCCUAUAUUGUAGAUAAAAUCUUGUAUAAUCUUAAAUAAAAACCUUUCUCAUAAAUAUUUCUUAUAUUACUACACAGUCUCAUGAUCCCUUUAACAAAUUUCCUAUUGUUGCAAUAAUAUUUAGAUUGUUUUGGGCACUGAUUUUUAUAAUGACGUUGAAUACUUUUAUUUUUAAAAAUACUCUUACCUUUUUUUCUAUAGAAUUUUUUCUUAAAAUAUCCAGAAAGAGAUAAAAUAUCCAAAAUGGGAUUACUGUGUCAGCGUGUAGAGGUAAGUAUAACCCGAUGGUGUGAGGCUCAUAAAAGAAUAUACUAGAUAUGAUAGCACAAGAGUAAUAGUCUGGGAAUUGCAAAAGGGAAGCAGGAGAAAACCAUUCUCCCACUCCUAGUGCCUGCUUGUGUCUGGGGAAGGGCAGCAGGGCAGGCGUGUCCGCCAGUAACACUCAUGUGUGCCAGGUAGAGAAGAAACCACUUCUGCAGUGAUUAGGCGUGAUGGUGAUGCUCGGUUCUUUAUGGCUGCAGUGGGCUUUUGUAAAUACUGAACUAGUUACCUCCUAGGUUAAAAAUGCAAAUGUCACAUCAGGGAAGAGUUAAAGACUGCCCUACUUCAACAAAAUUGGUCUCCUUUUACAUUUUCAUGGGUUAUUGUUAACGUCCUUUACCUUACCGCAAUUUGUAUUUUAGAUUAUUUCAUUCUCUCCCCCACCCCCAACACACCCCACAGUUGAUUGUGAAUUCCAGGAAGACAGGGUCCACAUCUGUUUUGCUAACUUUUUGUCCCACUGCUUAUCACAAUGCCAGGCAUGUAAUAGGUACUCAGUGCAGUCUUAUUCGUGAACAUUACUAUGGAGAUAUGUUGACAGACAAAGAAGACUGGCUUGUAAGUGAAAGAGUGCUCAGUCUUGAAAUUAGAAUAUUGCAGAAGAAAGCAGUGGGAUCAUAGUUCAUAUCCACUAGGCUGGCAGAAAUUUAGAAAUCUGGCAGGGGGUAUAGAAGUGAGAACUUCUAUACACUGUUGGUGAGAGGGUAAACUGAUGUAAUCAUUUGGGGAGUAAUUUGGCAAUAUCCAGUAAAAUUGAAGCUAAGCAUACUUCUUAACCCAGCGAUUCCAUUUGUAGAUAUAUGUGGUAGACUAGAAAUACUCACAUGUGAGCACAAAGACAUACAAAGAUGAUCACUGCAGCAGUGUUUGAAAUAGUAAAUAUAUGGACACAACACAGAUGUCUGACAGUAAAUGAAUGGUUAAUAAAUCAUAGCAUAUUCUUGUUUAAUACAAUACAGUAAGUACAUAGAGGAACCAGGGUAUCAGGCAAAAACAACAACAACAAUCCAAAAAAGCCUUUCUAGCUCACCUUUUCCACUCCUGGACCCAUGUGAGUAAAUGUGGCUGGAGAAUAGCAGCCACAGUGACUAGUUCCACUUUAAAUUCCUGGCUGCUAACCUCAAGCAUUUGUUUCCCUAGUCCAGUCACUGUCCUGGUCUCCUUAGGUGCUGUUUUAUAGCUUGUCUUCUCAGCCUCCAGCUCUUUGUCCCAGUCCUUAGUCAGCUAGCGACCUUGUUUCCUAGCUAACUGAGAAAAAUAAGAGCAAUCAGAAGGUAACUACUGUCUUACAUGCAUCUUGUCCAUGCACUCUUUCUUUAUAUCCUGAUUCUGUGGUUGACUCUUUCUUCUCUUAAUGUCUUCUCAACUUCUCCUCUGGUGUAUUAGAUCCUUUUCGUAAACUAGAACAUCAUUCCUACAAUUGUCCUCUCUUCUGCAUCUUUUUUUUCUUGUCUACUGUAUCUUUCCCAUCAGCAAAAUAACAGGUAAUUUUUCUCAUCUUAAAUAUAUGUAUAUAUUUAUUUAUACAUACAUACAUACAUAAACUACAUCUCCCUCCACCUGCCACUCCAUUUCCUUCUUAAUAGUAUUCCUCAGUAGAGGUGUCUAUCUAAUACUCAUUGUCUCCAGUUCCUCUCCUUCCAGUCUCUCUUGCAUUCCCUCCAAUUAGGUCUUUGUUUCUGCUCUUGUCAGAGGUCACUGAUGGACUCUAUGUGGCUAAAUCCAGUGGUCUUUUUUUCAAUUCUUUUUCUUGACCUGUCAGCAUUGUUUGGUACAGUUGAUCACUUCCUCACCCUUGCACAUUUUUUUCAUUUGGCUUUCAGAUUAUCACACCUAGAUUUCCUUGUACUUUACUGACAUCUACUUCUCCCAGUUUCUUUAUGUCCCCUUGCUUUAGACAUAGGAAUUCUAGGGCUCAAUCUUUGGACCUCUUUUCUUUUUCUACAUUGGGGCUCUCAUCCUAGUGUGAGGGCUCUCACUGGGGCUCUCAUCCUGUUUCAACUUGCUGACAACUUAAAAAUUUUUAUCUCCAACCCAGCUCCAUACUCAUGUAACCAACUGCCUACUUGAUGUCUCCACUUGGAUGUCUAACAGACAUCUCAAAUUUAAUAUGUCCAAAGAUAAACUGACUUAUGAUCUCCCCCUCCCAGUCCCAUCAUAAACAUAUUCCAUCCUCAGUCCUCCCAUCUGGGAAAAGGCAACCCGAUCCUUCCAGUUGCUCUGCCCCCAAACUGGGGAGCUAUUCUUGAUUCUUUUGUUUCACAUCCCACAUCCAAAUUUCAAUAAGCUCUGUCUGCUAACUUGCGGGAUAUUUGAGAAUGGCCACUUCUUGUUGCCUCUACUGCCCUAGCCUAUGUCACUAUCAUCUGUGGUCCAGAUGUUUGCAAUAGCCUCUAAUUGGUUCCUCUGCUUCCAUCUAUGCCUCUCUGUGUUCGAAGUUCAGCAGCCAGAGUGAUACUGUAAAAAUCUAAUAAGAUUGUGUCACUUAUCUUCUCAAAGCUCUCUAAUAGCUCUCCACUUCAUGAACACAGGCUAAAGCAGAAGCCCUACUUAGUACUGGCACCACCUGCUGCCCUGUAUUACCUGUGUGACUCACCACUCCUCUCCUUUCUUGAUCACUAUGCUCUGGGCCCACUGACCUCUCUGCAGUAGCUUUUUUUUUAACAUUUUUUAUUGAUUUAUAAUCAUUUUACAAUGUUGUAUCAAAUUCCAGUGUAGAGCACAAUUUUUCAGUUAUUCAUUGUCACAUUUUUUUCUCCGUGAGCUACCAUAAGAUCUUGUAUAUAUUUCCCUGUGCUAUAUACUCUCUGCAGUAACUUAAACACCCACAGCAAGCUUCCACUUCAGAACCUUUGCAUUUUCUAUUCACUUUUCCUGGAAUCCUCUUCCCCUAGAUAUCACCUGGUUUGGUUUCUAACCUCCAGUAGAUCUUUGUUCAAUGAACUCUUCGUUGACUAUGCUAUCAAAAUAGCAAUCACCCUGCGUGGCAUGCUCUAAUUCCCUUCCCAGCUUCAUUUUUUCCAUAAUACCUACCAUCAACUGACACUCUAAAUAGUUUACUUAUUAUAUGUCCUUCUCUAGAAGGUAAGCUCCGCGAGAGUAGAGAUUAGGGGGGAUGUAAAUUUUAUUGAAGCAUAAUGUUCUUACAGUAAAGUACAAAAAUAGCAAGUGAAACAGCUUGAUGACUGAGGACAGCAACUUAUGUAUCUUUUGUUCAGUGCCCUGUCCCCAGUACAGGAGAUACUCAAAUAUUAAUAAAUGGUUGAACUGGAUGUACAUAUAUUAACAAGAAAAACACUGAAAAUAAUUGAAAAUAAAGUUGCAGAAGGGUUGUAUAUAGUGUGAUGUAACUUUUUAAAAUCCAUAACACGUAUUUUUUUAAUCAACACACAUGAAGUAAAAGUAGGAAAUUAGUGAAACAUCAGCUUCAGAGUGGUGGUUUCCCCUGGAGCUAGAGGGAAAAGGGAUGGGAAGGGAUAAAAGAAGGCUUAAACUUUCAUAUUUUUUUAAUAAAAGCUAAUCUAACAAAAUAUUUGUUUAAAUAUUUGUUCAAAGAGGGUGAUGCAUAUUUGUUGUAUGUGCCUCUGAGUGUUUAAACUCUUUUACAAUUAAAGUCUGCCUCCUUGCUCUUACCUGGUUCCUCCUUGCCCAAAGCCACCUGCUUGGUUCCUCUUGAAGCAUUAGCCUGUUUGACCUGUACAUUCAGCGUGACUGAAGGACUUAGGAGAAGGAAUAAUGGGCAUUCAUGCUCCCAAGGGUGAGAAGCUGAUCCAAGCCCAAGAAAGGAGCGCCUUGGCACUGUCAAAUCAAGCAAAGCAUUCCCAUUCUCCAUAAAUGCCAUUUGAGGGAACAAUUAAAAAGAAAGGAAUGGCAGGGGAGCAGAAGGCUUCCUGUAGAUGAGGAACAUAAGUGAUUAUUGGCAGGAGUUGGUGGAAGGAGAGAACUAAUUUUUGCUAAUUGCAGUGAAAGCCCUAUUAAUUUUGGAAAAAUACUUUUUGGGGGGCAUUUUAAUGGAUAAAGGAAACAAGAAAUUUGAACCUGAUAUAUAGAUGGUGUUUUAUUCUGCUAUGACCAGACAAGUAUAGUUGUAGUAAUUAGUGGGGUUUUUAUUUCACUAUGUG